GGCCAUGCUGAGUCACGUACCGCCGCCCGUCGAGAUCCUGCAGUCCGGCCUGCCUUGGUACCAGCGCUUCUGCGCCUGCCGACGUCAGCGUGAGAGCGGUUCGCUGCUCAACGAGGCGCUGGCCAAGCCGGCCGCGGCCGGAACUGCGGGCUGCAGCACGUUGGACCGCCUCAAGACCAUCAGGUACAUCGAGCGCUACCCUUGCGUCGUGGGGGACGAGCGCAACCUGAGGAUUUGCCUGGAGAACCUGAGCAACGCCCUGAGCACCAACAGCCCCGAGGUGGUGGUCGCGUCGGCCGAUGCGCUCGCCUCGGUCCUGGAGAAGCACGGCUCCAAGAUGAACACCGCCAUGGUGGAGAGCGUGUUGAAGACGUCGUUCGACCAGCUGCUCUCGGCGCGCAUCAAGGUUCGAAACAGGUUCGUCGACGUGAUCGUGCUUCUGCUGAAGCAGCAUCCGGGUCACGCCUGCAGCAACCUGCUCUACUUGGCGCAGCAUUGCGACGAGCUGCAGACGGUGUGCGCCAUGGAAGCCUUCUGUCGCGUCAUUCAGACGCGCUACCUUAAGCUCCUCCCGCUCAAGUGCAUCUUUCACUACUUCACCAUUCACAUCGACAGCAGCGACCCGAGCGUGCGUUCGUACGCGACAAAAGGCGUGGCGCUGAUGGAUUUUUACUUUUGA